AUGGGAGACUGGACCUUUCUUGGAAGAUUGCUGGACAAAGUUCAGUCACAGUCUACAGUGAUUGGGAAAAUCUGGCUCACGACAUUGUUUGUGUUCAGGAUCUUACUCCUUGGAGCUGGUGCAGAGAAGGUUUGGGGUGAUGAACAGUCUGGCUUCGUUUGCAACACACGCCAACCUGGUUGUGAAAAUGUCUGCUAUGAUAAAGCUUUUCCAAUCUCUCACAUUCGCUUUUGGGUUCUUCAGAUUAUUUUCGUCUCGACCCCUACCUUGAUAUAUCUUGGUCAUGCUUUACAUGUGAUCCACAAUGAAGCAAAACAAGCAACUGAUGAAGCUAAAACUACUUUCAGAAAAAUCAAGAAGUCAAAAUACACUGUAACGCAUGGAAAAGUGAAAAUACAAGGAAUCCUAUUAUUCUCCUACUUACUACAAGUUUUCUGUAAAGUUUUAUUUGAAGUUGCUUUCAUUAUGGGUCAAUGGUAUCUAUUUGGAUUUUCCUUGAGUCCUAUUUAUGUAUGUGACAGAUACCCCUGUCCACAUAGAGUAGAUUGCUUUAUUUCACGUCCAACAGAAAAGACCAUUUUCAUUAUUUUUAUGUUGGCUGUGAGUUGUGUGUCACUUGUUCUAAAUUUAAGUGAAAUAAUUUACCUUAUUUUCAAGGGAAUAAUGUUUUCUACACGUAAAAAGUAUCACCAUCACAUUCAACCUAGAUAUGUCUUUGACACUUUUGAUAAAUCAGGUGUCUCUGAAGCCGUAUUUCCAUCAGAUUCUAAAUCCGACCUUUUGAAAGGAGAGAAACAAUAUAAUAGUAAUGACCCCAGUUCUCAGAAUAGGAUUAACGAUAACAUUGAAACGUCUGUUAAGAAACCAAAGGAUGAUCUGGUGAAAAUGUCUAAGGAUGAAUAA